GCGGCGCAUGCGCGUGACGCAGCUGGAGGGGAAGUGCUCCUGUCUGCGCCUCAUUCAUGCGGCCGGACGUUAGCAGGUUUAUUAGCGCAGAGGCGGCCGCGGCUCCCCCAGUGAACACCGACAGAGGCUCCGUGACCCCCCCUCAGUAAAAGCCACCAUGGCAGAAGCCCACCAGGCGGUGGCCUUUCAGUUCACAGUCACUCCCGAUGGCAUCGACCUCCACCUGUCCCAUGAGGCCCUGCGGCAGGUCUACCUGUCCGGCCUGCAUUCCUGGAAGAAGAGAUUUGUUCGCUUUAAGAACGGCGUGAUGACCGGCGUGUACCCCGGCAGCCCGGCGGGGUUCAUGGUGGUGGUGGUCUCCUACAUGUCCUACAACAAGUUCAAGCAGCUGGAUCCUUCUCUGGGGCUGAUGGCCCGGCUGGGACAUUACGUCCCCAUCAGUAAAUACAUGUCCACCGACAGCCAGAGGGUAGUGGGGGGGGUUCUGGUCGGCACAGGCGUGUGGGUCACCAUCAUCAUGAUCAUGAGGAACGUCCUGAAGUCUCUGCUGUCGUGGCACGGCUGGAUGGAGGCCCGCCAUGGAACCAUGUCCUGGUCUACAAAGCUGUGGCUGGUUCUCGUGAAGAUCUUCUCGGGCAGGAAGCCGAUGCUUUACAGUUUCCAGAACUCUCUGCCCCGCCUGCCCGUCCCCCCCAUCAAGGACACCUGCAGAAGGUACCUGGAGUCGGUGCGCCCACUGAUGGAUGACGAGCAGUUUCACAGGAUGAAAGGUUUGGCCGAAGACUUUGAGAAGAACCUGGGCCCCCGGCUGCAGUGGUACCUCAAGCUGAAGUCCUGGUGGGCGUCAAACUAUGUCAGUGACUGGUGGGAGGAGUAUAUUUACCUGAGAGGUCGGGGACCAAUCAUGGUCAACAGUAACUACUAUGCCAUGGAUUUCCUCUACGUGUUCCCCACCUCCAUCCAGGCGGCGCGGGCAGGGAACGCCAUCCACGCCAUCAUGCUGUACAGGAGGAGGCUGGACAGAGCGCAGAUCAAACCUAUUUACUUGCUGGCCAACAAGGUUCCUCUGUGCUCUGCUCAAUGGGAGCGAAUGUUUAACACCACCCGCGUCCCGGGCGUGGAGACAGACACGCUGCAGCACGUGAACGAGAGCAAACACAUCGUGGUCUACCACAAGGGGCGCUAUUUCAAGGUGUGGAUGUUUUAUGACGGGCGGCUGCUGCUGCCGCGCGAGAUCGAGCAGCAGAUGGAGAGGAUCCUGGCAGACCAAUCGGAGCCUUUGCCGGGGGAGGAGAAGCUGGCGGCGCUGACCGCGGGGGAGAGGACUCCCUGGGCAAAGUGCCGUGAAACGUACUUCAGCCGUGGGAAGAACAAGCAGUCCCUGGAGGCCGUGGAGAAGGCGGCCUUCGUGGUGACCCUGGACGACACGGAGCAGCGUUACGAUCUGGACAACAAAGUCAAGUCUCUGGACAGCUACGCCAAGUCGCUGCUGCACGGGAAUUGCCAUGACAGGUGGUUCGACAAGUCCUUCAACCUGAUCGUCUUCAAGAACGGCACCAUGGGGCUGAACGCCGAGCACUCGUGGGCCGACGCCCCCAUCGUGGGUCAUCUGUGGGAGCACGUUCUGUCCAUGGACCCCAUCCGGCUGGGCUACGCCGACGACGGCCACUGCCGAGGGAAGCCCCACCCCACCCUGCCCGGCCCCCAGAGGCUGCAGUGGGACAUCCCCGCUGAGUGCCAGGAGGUCAUCGAGUGCUCGCUGUCCGUGGCGCGCGCUCUGGCGGACGACGUGGACUGCCACAUCAUUCCCUUUGAGGAGUUUGGAAAGGGGCUGAUCAAGAAGUGCCGCACCAGCCCGGACGCCUUCAUCCAGAUCGCCCUCCAGCUGGCCCAUUUCAGGGACAAGGGGAAGUUCUGCCUGACCUAUGAGGCCUCCAUGACCCGCCUGUUCCGGGAGGGCCGGACGGAAACCGUGCGCUCGUGCACGGUGGAGACCUGUGACUUCGUCCGCGCCAUGACCCGCGAGGAGACGAGGGAGGAGCGCCUCCGCUUGCUCAAAGUGGCUGCAAGCAAACAUCAGAACCUGUACCGCCUGGCCAUGACGGGACACGGCAUCGACCGCCACCUCUUCUGUCUCUACGUGGUCUCCAAGUACCUGGGCGAGGACUCGUCCUUCCUGAAGGAGGUGCUGUCCGAGCCGUGGAGGCUCUCCACCAGUCAGACGCCUCUGCAGCAGGUGGAGCUGUUUGAUCUGGUCAGGCACCCCGAAUACGUGUCCGCGGGGGGGGGCUUCGGUCCGGUCGCCGACGAUGGUUACGGGGUCUCCUACAUCAUUGUGGGGGAGGAACUCAUCAACUUCCACAUCUCCAGCAAGCGCUCCAGUCCAGAGACGGACUCUCAUCGCUUCGGCUCCAACAUCCGACAGGCCAUGCUGGAUCUUCUGGGCCUUUUCAACCUGGAGCCCAAAGCCAGCGAGUGACGGGCUGUGCGUGCACGAGGCGCCGCGCAGCCGCCGCAGCCGCAGCCGCUGCAGCAGCAGCAGCAGCCGCAGCAGCCGCUCUCGGAGGGUCUCUUUCUUUAGGCUUGUACAGAAUCAGUGGGUGGGGGUGGGAGGAUGUGAAGCUAAUCGUAUUUCAGAAUCAAUGCUGGUGUGCGUCUCUCUAGGCAGAGCCGGCCUGCAGUCCAGGUGUUGCACCGAUCAGAGUCUGUUUCAGGUGCCUUAGUGACAAACCCAGGAGGGUUCCAAUCUGGCGUCACGUCAGAGUUUGCUCACUAGCAUGGAGCCACGACGGAGGAGCGUUUCAUGGUUCUCCUCUUUGGUCUGUGCUGCUGGAGGCCGCUGCUCCACUUGGACAGAGGUCACACUAGGGUCAUUUCAGUAGUUGGCAUAGCAACGGUUGGGUGGGAGUUCAUCACUGCUGUGCACUCCUUGGACAAACCGGGAAGAUCCACUUUGGCAGCUUCAGUGUCGCCCGGGGGAAGCUGCUGGGGGGCCGGGAGGUCCCGCACUGCCUGGUUGGGGUUCGGUUCCUCGUGGCCGCCACGCCAGCGUCUCCUUCAGUGACGUUUAGGAACGGCAGCCGUCAGUCCAUCCUAUUUAUUUAUAGUUUCUUCUUCUGGGUCUGAAUUCCUACAUUUAACAGCUGAAUGUGACGACAAUAAAAGUUAAUUUAAGUUUGAUCUCUAGAUGAAAAUGCUCGUUUGGUUGUCGGUUUGCUGCCUGUGGUUUGACUUUUAUCUGCGUAGAUCUGAUUUUUACACUGCUGCAUGUUUUAAAGAUGAAGCUGUAAAUGUUUGCCUGUAAUUUAAAGAAGACGAGCAGCAGAUGAACCAAACCUUUUAACAAUAAACUCCAUGUCCAGCAGCCACAUGCGGCGCCA